AUGGACAAGUUUCUAUGGACUAGACGUCUGUUUUUGGGCUCAUGUGUUGGCUCGCUAAAUAUUCCCUCUGAACAAUGUUCUGUAGAGUCACAAACAACCCAUGUGGAGCAGUGUUCGAAUUCAGAAAAUACCCCCUCUGAUAAAGGACUCGUGUAUUCACCAACCACUCCCUUUAACGUUUGUGAGCAUUGUCCCACAAACUCGUCAAUUACCUUUCGUUCUAAGAAAUCCUUAGAAUUACUCAUUUCCCCCAAUCAUACGGACUCGCAUUCCACUUCUUGUCAGAACACUCCUACUAGUGCACCAACCAUUCCAUAUAAGAAGGGUCUUCAAGGCUCACCUAUCACUCCUUAUCCACAAGGAACAUCAAUUUCUCCUUGUUCAGUAGAUUUACCGCCCACUACUUCUACCAAUGAUUCACAAAGUCCCACCUAUCAAAAAUACACCUCGUUAAUCAAACCCAGUCCCAUGAGUACACCAAAGAUUCCAGUUCCUGUUCAAUCACCAAGAGUCCCCCCUCCUCUGGCUUCACUUGUAGCCCCCGGCCCUAAGAGCGCAGCAGUUCCCCGCCUAGGCCCCGUGAAUUCAUCAACAGCUCCUUAUCAGAAAAUACAUUCAUGUCCAAAACCUGCGCUCUGUCGAGGGAGCCCACCAACAGCGCCUCGGUCGCCAACCCCUCAGCUACCAACAGUGCCUCAGCCGCAAAUCCUUCAGCCACCAACAGCGCCUCCUCCCAAGAUCGUGCGGACUAAUUUUCUGGCGGACGCAUGGCUUAAAUUUAGGUUGUUGAUGUGGAAAAACUUCCUGCAGCAAUGGAGACGUUCCUCACAGACAGCUGCAGAAAUAUUGCUACCGCUACUUACAAUGACUCUUGUAUUGUUAAUACGGUGGCAAGUAGCGCCUACGCAUAGGCCCAUGAAUUCUUAUCCACCUCUACGUGCUUACUCAUUGUACUAUAGUAUGCAAGUGCUAGCGGGCUUAGAUCCUGGGACGUUAAAAAUCGCAUAUUCACCUACUAGUCCAAUAUUAGAAGAAGUACUAAUGUCAGCUAUGGCUACGUUGGUUGCUGAAAAUAAAAAUUUGCUUUCUCAAAAUUUAGAUCUACGUAGAAGAAAACCGACCUUUAUUCGUAACCAAAUAUCUAGAAGGUAUUUGCCGAUGAUUGAGGCGCCUUUAAUAAAUGAUUCUCCAGUAAUAGCUUUUGCUAAUAGUAACGAAUUAAAUGGGCUCUAUGCGAAAGAAAAAACUACUCGAACUGUUCUUGCUGCCGUUGAAUUUGAUGAUCGACUUAGUGGUGCGACAGAGUUACCAGUAAAUUUAUCAUAUUCUCUACGAUUUCCUGAAAGACCUCGGCAAAAUUCAUUUUAUAAAAUUGGUGGAAGGGAUUGGAAAACUGAUCUAGUUUUCCCAAAUUAUGAAUUAACUGGCCCUAGAUUUCCGUUUUCAUACGAAGGAGGCAACGAUCCAGGUUACGUAAACGAGUGGUUUAUAGCAUUACAGCAUUCGAUUUCUACAGAAUUAAUAUCUAGAUCGACAGGGCAAGACAUUCAUUCAUUAUUCGAUGUGCUAGUCCAGAGGUUCCCACAUCCCCCUUAUUGGGAAGACAACUCGAUGGCUGUGUUGAAGCUUUUGUUUCCCAUGUUCGUUAUGUUAAGCACAAGUUACUCAGCUAUCAAUAUUGUCAGAGCAAUUGUUGUGGAGAAAGAACUGCAACUGAAGGAAUCUAUGAAAAUCAUGGGUCUGCCUACUUGGUUGCACUGGACGGCUUGGUUUUGGAAGCAGUUUAUCUUUCAAGUAUUAAUAGCAAUCUUAAUGACUAUUCUUUUGAAGGUCCACUGGUUCACAAAUGAUGAGGGUUAUGACAAUUAUGCUGUUUUCACUCAUACAUCAUGGACAAUCCUGUUGUUUUUUUUAAUGCUGUACUUAUGUUGCAUGAUAUUUUUCUGCUUCAUGCUAAGUGCCUUCUUUUCGAAAGGAAGUACGGCAGCGCUAUUUACUGGAGUGAUCUGGUUCCUAACCUUUAUGCCAGCCUUUUUAUUAAGUACAGAUGCUCAAAUAUCAAUUUUAGGUCAAAUUCUUGUCUGUCUUUUUAUAAAUACGGCCAUGGCUUUCGGUUUUCAACUGAUUCUAGCCCACGAAUGUUCUGGAGGACUGCAGUGGGGAAGGUUCCUGUCGUCACCAUCUACGGAGCGAUCUCGUUUUAUGUUCGGCCACGUGGUGACUAUGUUAGUUGUGAACUGCGUGCUCUUUAUGCUGAUUACAUUGUAUCUUGAACAAAUAUCUCCAGGACCUUUUGGUGCGCCUCGUCCCUGGUACUUUCCUUUCCAAUCAGAGUUCUGGUGUCCCGGUAGGAAAAAAUCUGGCCUUAAUUUAAAAGAAGUUGCAAAUAAAUGGAAAAACAAGAUUGGUAUUACUAAGUCAAAUACUGAGCGGUCUGAGCUUCGCCCACUUCAUGCCUUUUACGUUUCCAUCAUUCACGCAUAUCAAUCAGCAGUCAAUGUCAUUCGCAAGAAUAACAUACCUGAUAGUGGAGAAGAUUAUAAAAUUGUACAAGAAAAGGAUCCUGAACAUCUAUCUAUUGGUAUUAAAAUAGAAAAUUUGACCAAAAUCUUCGGACAUAACACUGUAGUUAAUCAUUUAAAUUUCAAUGUUUACAACGAUCAAAUAACAGUUCUUUUGGGACACAACGGCGCUGGCAAAACUACAACUAUUUCUAUGCUUACAGGUAACCUACAACCGACGUCUGGUAAAGUCAAUGUGGUUGGGUACGACAUGAGUACGCAAGCUGAAAUUGCUCGCUCUCAUAUCGGGUUAUGUCCACAACACAAUGUACUCUUUGAUGAACUGACUGUCAGAGAACACUUGAAGUUUUUUUCAAGGUUGAAGGGUCUCACUGGUACUGAACUAAAAGCUGACAUAGAGGAACUCAUUAAAAAACUGGAACUUGAGUCAAAGCGUGAUUAUCCGUCCAGUGGUUUAUCUGGUGGCCAAAAGCGUCGCUUAUGUGUUGGUAUUGCACUAAGUGGCAGAGCGAAAGUGGUACUUCUAGACGAACCAACAUCUGGCAUGGAUCCUGCUUCUAGACGCGCCCUGUGGGAUUUAUUGCAAAAUGAAAAAAAGCAACGUUCAAUGAUCCUAACGACCCAUUUUAUGGACGAAGCAGACAUUUUGGGUGAUCGAGUGGCAAUAAUGGCUCAAGGUAGACUACAAUGUGUCGGCUCUCCUUAUUUUCUCAAACGUCAUUAUGGAGUCGGAUAUACACUCGUCGUUGUGAAAGGCGACAAUUUUGACACCGAACGUUGCACUGCGCUUAUUAAUAAUUACAUUCCUAACACUGUAGUGAAAGAAGACAGAGGUUCUGAAGUAACUUACAGUUUACCAAAUGAAUAUUCACACAAGUUUGAGGAUAUGUUAAACAAUUUGGAACAAAACGCAAACACUAUCAAGUUCACAAAUUAUGGUCUGCUGACUACCACGCUCGAAGAUGUUUUUAUGUCCGUUGGUGCAGAUUUGGCACCGGUUAAAACCGAGGCAACUGGCGAAAAGCGUCAUGCUAAGGAAGUUACAACCGAUGAGAAGGAAACUAAUGAAAUUACAUCAGCUUUAGAGCAAUUUAAUAGUCCUAAAAGUUCAAAAACAGGGCACGCGUUACUCAUGCAACGUAUGUUGGCGGUUUGGCUCAAGCUAUCACUCGUCUGGAGACGUUCGUGGUGGCUCGUAAUACUUCAGUUUGUUAUACCCACCUUAUUACUUACUGCAGCACUUGGCCUACUGCGAUACAUAUUGUCACUCGUCCCAACUAUUAAAAAGAGGAAACUUGCACUCACCACAGGGUUUGAGCAAACAGAGACUUUAUUGGGUUGCAACAGCAAUUCGACGGUAGGCGUUUUGGCAGCAGAAUCUUACCAAGAGAUGUUUGAAAAUGCUAACGUUCACAGAAUGUCAGUUACACCGAUUGGUGAAGCACCAAUGGAGGAAUACUAUUUGAAUAGAACACGUGAUCCUAUUGUGUUGGGGGCUUUACGUUAUCGGAUACUAAUCGGUUCAUCAUUCUCCGACAACUCUGUGACUGCUUGGUUUAGCAACUUCGGCUACCAUGAUGUGGCGGUUUCUUUAGCAGCGGUACAUUCAGCAUUAUUGAAAACAUAUAACCCUGAUGCUGAACUUACCGUAUACAAUCAUCCCUUGAAAGCCACUUAUGCAGAUCAGACCGACAUGCAGAUGAUGAUUAGCUUGAUUUCUAUGCAGCUCUCAACGGGGAUCGGUAGCAGCGUUGCAAUCACGACGGCUGUAUACAUCAUGUUUUACAUCAAGGAACGCGUUUCAGGCGCGAAGUUGCUUCAGAGGUCCGCUGGGAUUCAUCCAGCUGUGAUGUGGGGAAGCGCCGCAAUCUAUGACUGGAUUUGGUUACUUAUCUUCUGUCUACCUAUUCCUAUCGCCUGUGCUGUCUUUGAAGUGCCUGGACUUUGUACCGCCGAGGAAUUAGGCAAGUAA